GCUGAAGAAGAUUCGAAUCUUCCUCAACGAACAUUCUCAUUCUCUCAAAGCAAGAAAAUGCGAAUCUGACGGCCAUUAACGCACCACUGAUCCACAACUCCCAUGGAUUCCCGUUUUUUACAUAUUUCAAUGGCGCCACUCUUUGCCAACUCACACAACUUCAAUUCCUCAUCACAACCCACUGUCCACCGUUCCCUCUUUCUCUUUCUCUUUCUCUUUCAUCCCACAAUUUUCUGCGUUUAAUUUCAGGGUGUUCCCCUCAAUACCCUCUUCUCCAUUCCUUCUCCUCCACCCUCCUCCGCCAUUGACGGCGGUCGGAGCUAAGUGGGUCUCGGUUUGAUUUUCUUGAAAUUGUUUUUUUGUUGGUUUUUUUGUUAUGUCUGUCGCUACGCCGAGGUCUAUUACAGAGAAGGUGUUUCAGAGGGUGGGAGGGCAUUAUCAAUGGAGUAGUACUCAUAAAAUUUUUGGGAAUGAUUGUAGAGAGGAGGAUUAUUAUGAUGAUGAUGAUGGGACUUUGGAAAUGGUGCAGAUUGGAGCUGAGAGAACGAAGAAUGUACUUAUUUUGAUGAGUGAUACUGGCGGUGGCCAUAGAGCCUCUGCCGAAGCCAUUCGUGAUGCGUUUCGUAUUGAAUUUGGAGAUGAAUAUCAGAUAUUUGUGAAGGAUGUGUGGAAAGAGUACACGGGUUGGCCUUUGAAUGACAUGGAGAGAUCUUAUAAGUUCAUGGUAAAGCAUGUUCAGCUAUGGAAGGUUGCAUUUCAUAGUACCUCUCCUCGGUGGAUUCACUCGGUCUAUCUUGCUGCAAUCGCCGCCUACUAUGCAAAGGAAGUGGAAGCUGGUUUGAUGGAAUACAAGCCAGAUAUUAUCAUCAGUGUUCAUCCACUGAUGCAACAUAUUCCUUUAUGGGUUCUCAAAUGGCAAGGCCUUCAGAAGAAAGUGGUGUUUGUUACAGUCAUAACAGACUUAAACACCUGCCAUCCAACAUGGUUUCAUCCUGGUGUAAACAGAUGCUAUUGCCCAUCAGAGGCAGUAGCCAAGAGAGCCUUGCUUGACGGCAUAGAAGAGUCCCAAGUUCGUGUCUAUGGCCUACCCAUCAGACCAUCCUUCGCUCGAGCAGUACUCCAGAAGGAUCAACUUAGAGAAGAACUUGAGAUGGAUCUAGACUUACCAGCAGUUCUUCUCAUGGGAGGAGGCGAAGGGAUGGGUCCUGUAAAGAAAACAGCAAAAGCUCUUGCGGAGUCCCUUUUCGAUAAGGAAAAUGAGAAGCCUAUUGGGCAACUUGUUAUUAUUUGUGGAAGAAACAAAGCAUUGGCCUCUACUCUUGAAGCUUUUGAAUGGAAGAUCCCAGUUAAGGUUAGAGGUUUUGAAAAACAGAUGGAGAAAUGGAUGGGUGCUUGCGACUGUAUAAUAACAAAAGCUGGUCCUGGUACAAUUGCCGAAGCUUUGAUUCGAGGGCUUCCGAUUAUUCUAAACGAUUACAUUCCGGGACAAGAAAAAGGGAAUGUUCCAUAUGUGGUAGACAAUGGAGCUGGAGUGUUCACUAGAAGUCCUAAAGAAACAGCCAAAAUUGUCGCAGAAUGGUUCAGCACAAAAACAGAACAAUUCCACACAAUGUCACAAAAUGCUCUCAAACUAGCACAACCCGAAGCUGUCUUCGACAUCGUUCGGGACAUUCAUGACCUCGCCUGCCAGCGCGGUCCAAUGGCGAACAUCCCAUACAUGCUGACCUCAUCAUUCACAACAUUAAUUUAAAUGGUUUUGUCGACAAUGAUAUGCUCGCCAUUGCCAAAGCUUACUCUCCUAGAAUUGCCAUAUGUACAGUUAGCUUCCUAAUAUAUUCGACCAAUUUGUUCAAGGGAUGCUACCAUGAUUUCCAUCUUGUAAAAAAAGUGAAAGAAAGGUUAUGUAGGUAAUGUGAAAGUUGUUCAUGUUGUAA